GCUUCGGACGAGACACCAAGCGGCGGUAACGGUGCUGGGGGGGAAUGAGCAGCCUGCCCCUCACCAGGCCCCUGCAGGCUCCCAAGCGCUCCCGUCCCCGGAGGAAGCCAGUGGCGCAGAGAGAGCGGCCCAGAAGGAGAAGCUCCAUGCGGAGCUGAAGCGGGUUCUGCAGAGGAAGGGGGAGAGCCGGCGCAGCACGGAGGAGGAGGAGCCCCCUGCGCCCCCCAGCAGGAUGGAGGCCCAGCAAAGCACCAUGGAGAAGACCCUAGAGACCUCCGAGCUGCUGGAGGUCAUCGUGGAGACUGAGGCCGAGGCCGGCGUCCGCGGCAUGAGCGUGGCCGGGGGCGGCAAGGAAGGCCUCUUCGUCAAGGACGUGCUGAAGGGCUCGCCGGCAGCGCGCGUGCUCAGCCUCCAGGAGGGUGACCAGCUUCUGAGCGCCAGGGUUUAUUUCGACAACAUAAAGUACGAAGAUGCCUUGCAGAUCCUCAAGUGCGCCGAGCCGUACAAGAUCUCCUUCUGCCUGAAGCGGACGGUGCCCAGUGCGGGGAUCGCCCACAAGCCCGGCACGCCCGGCUUUGAGAUCCGGGGCCCCAGAGCCAAGGUGGCCAAGCUGAACAUCCAGAGCUUGACCUCACUGAAGAAGAAGAAGAAGAAGGUGGUGCCGAAGGGACUGGCCAAGGGCCUGCAGGAAGCAGAGAUGCACGGCAGGGCUGAGGACCCGGCAGCCGGGAAGCUGGAGGUGGUGCCGGUGGACGUGGAGUUUUCCCUGCCCAAAUUCUCCAAGCUGCGCAAAGCCAAGAGCGCCGGGGAGGUGGCAGCCGCCGAACCAAGCCCAGACAUCUCUCCCCGCCUCUCUUCUCUGGAGACCAGGCGGCGCAGGCUGAAGUUCCCCAGGCUGAAGGUCAAGGAAGUUGUGGCGGCCACCACGGGGGCCCGAGUAGAGGGGCCCGGGAGCCGCCUGGAGGUGGGCCUGCCCAAGCUCGCCGUGGAGCUGAAUGCGGGGGCCAAAGGAGACACUGAGGAGAAGGCGUCCAGGUUCACGGUGCCCUCCUCCAAGGCAAAGGCGGCCAAGGGAGAGGCGGGGGGCCCCGUGGAAGCUGGAUUCCAGCCCCCGCAGGUGGAACUUGACCUCCCCCUGCCAAAGACUGAGCCCCGUGGGGAGUCACCGAAGGCCAGUGCGAAGGGGGAAGGCUUCCGGAUCUGGGCCCCUCAGGUUGAGCUGCCGAAAGUGAGUGCCGUGCAGCUGGAGGUCCCAGAAGGCGGCAGGCUGAAGCUCCCCGUGGCAGAAGUGGCAGCACCCAAGAUAGACGUGGACCUGAGCCUUCCCAAACUGGAGGGUCCUGCCCCAGCGGUUGCCCCCAAAGGGGAGGGCUUCAGAAUCAAAAUCCCCAAGUUCGGGGGCUCUGUGGAGGAGGCAGAGCUGAAGAAGCCCUCCGCCAAGGCCCCGACCGCCGAGGUCUCCCUGGCAAAAGGCAGAGCCAGAGUGGGGGAGGCAGAGGAGAAGCUGAAGGCCGGGGUGACGAUGCCAGCCCUGGAUGUCGGGGCCCCUUCGGUGGACCUAGAGAUCCCCCUGCCGAAGGCGAGGGUGGAAAUGGAGGUCCCAGAGGUCUCUGUCACGAUCCCCUCGGUCAGCCUGCCCGUGCUGGGCCCUAGAGCCCCAGAGGAAGGGGAGAGCAAGCUGCCCCAGGUGGCCCUGAGUGUCGGGAAGCUGGAAAGCCCCAAGACCAAGGCCAAAGGCCCCAAGGAAGUGGGGGGCGAGGGCAGAGCGAGGUUCCCUGUGGUGAAGGUGCCCUCCCUCGACAUCUCUGUUCCCAAGGUCAGUGACAUGCACCUUCCCGGGACCGCGGGGGAGCCCCUUGCCCCUGCCAGGAAGGAGAAGACGGGGGAGGCCGCUGAAGUGCCUGGGUUCAAGUUCCAGAUGCCCCAAAUCUCGCUCCCCAAAUUAGACCUCCCAGCCAAGGCAGCGGCGUCCCCACCCCAAGACCGCGGCAAGUUUCCAAAGCCGGAAGGCGACUCUGCUGUGCAGGUCAGCAUCCCCAAGGUGGACCUCUCCUUGCCGUCGCUGAAGCUGCCAGACGUGCCGCUCCCAAAGGCUCCCCUGCCGAAGCCGGCACUGGACGUCUCAGUGGAGAAACCCAGGGUGGAGGUGGCUGCUCCUUCGGCUCGGCUGAGCUUUCCGUCUGCGACCGUGCCGGUGCUCGAGGUCGACUGGCCCCAGGUCGGGAUUGAGCUGGAUUUGCCCAAGGCGGAGAGAGAGUCCGCGGUGCCUGCAGACCAGGGAGCCAAGUGGCAGGUGCCCGCGCUCGAUGCGGUGAGCAAAGGCUUGGCAGUGGAGAUCAGCGUGCCCACCUGCCAGGUGGACCAGCCCGAGCUGGAGCCGAGUGCCCGCGGGACCUUGGGGGGGCCAGGUGUCAGCGGGGUGGUUGCCAUGAUCCCCAAGGUGGACCUGGCUUUCGGGAAGGAGCUGGCAGUGGCCGAAGGGGAGCCUGGAAGGGAGGCGAGCCUGGGGCUGAGGGGCAAGGUGCUGCCAGCAGCUGCCCUGGAGCUGAAAGGCCCUGAAGUGGGUGCCGGGAUAAAGCUGCCCUCUGUGGAGAUUCCAGCCGUGCAGCUGCCGGCGGUGACCGUGGAGAGCGCCCAGCCCCUCGAGCCUGACUCCAAGCGAAAGCUGGCCAAGUUUGCCCUUCCUAAAUUCAGUAUUUCUGGCCCCAAAGUCCGGAAAGCGAGCCCAGAAGCCUCGACGCCAGAGGCUGAGGGCCCAGAGGCUGCCGACAGAGGCUCCAAGAUGAAAAUGCCAAAGUUUGGGAUCUCGUUCCCCAAAUCGAAAUGGGGGGCAGAGGUGGAAGGCCCCCAACUAGAGCUCAGCAUUGAAGGGAAAACAGCCAAGCCAGCGCUUGGGGCAGCCCCUGAGGCUCUGCUGGGCGUGGAUUCUUCGGAGACCCGGAUGAAAUUGCCCGCGGUGGAUGUUGAGAUGCCCAGAGUGGCUGUAGACAUCGGCCUUCCUGGAGGGCAGGCGGAGUGGUCUGGUGAAGAACCUGCAGGCCCCUCCCCAGGGGUUGGGGUUGACCUUCCAGACAUCAAGCUGAAAGUGCCGAAGUUCUCGUUGCCCAAGUUUGGGGGCAAAGACAAGGAGGGUGACCUUGAGCUUGAGGGCAGGGUGGACUCCAAGGCCAGGGUGUCCAAGUUCAAGAUGCCUUCCUUCGGCAUAACGCGGAGAGAGGCGGAGGUGGGCGGAGAUGCCAAGGCAAAGAAGGCCGCGGGGAGUCCCAAGGAGAAGCCUCGGGGCGCCUUUGUGAAGAUGCCGGGGCUGAAGCUGUCCUCCCCCAAGGCGGAAUCAGAGAAAGGGCCAUUGCACAUCCAGGCUCCAGAGCUGGAGGUGAAAAUCCCCCAGGUGGAGCUGCCCAAGAUCAGCGUGAAAGGGGCCAGCGCAGGGGAGGUGCUGAUGGGGGCGGAGAGCCCCAGCCUCAGGGCGAAGCUGCCCUCCCUGGAAAUCACCGUGCCCUGCCCCAGGGCAGGAGGGGAGAAGCCAGGGGUGGAUGUGUCAGAGGCUGACAUCAGAGGCUAUGAGGGUGACCUGAAGAUCCCCAAAGUGCCUUCCAUUGAGGUCUCUGCCCCCAAAGUCGAGCUGGACAUUGGGCUGCCCAGGGCCAGUGCAGAGGAACUGGUGCCCCAGGGCGCGCCCAGCAUGGAGGCCAAGAUCCGGCUGCCCGCUGUGGAGCUCCCAAAGUUCGGGAAGGGCGAGUACGGGGGGGCGGAGGCAGCCGUGCAGCUGCUGGGGCAAAGACUUAGUCUCGGGAGGGAGGGCGAAGCCGAGGGUGAGGGGGGCGCUGAAGCCUCCCUCUUGGGUGCCAAGAUCCGGGUGCCCAAAGUGGACCUCUCCUUGCCGAAGACGCGGCUUUCGGAUGUGGAGCUGCCCCUGACAGAAGGGGAGGCGGCUGCCGAAGGACCGGAGGGCAGGUUCAAGAUGCCUUCGGUCGAGCUGACAAAGUUCUCUGCCCCCAAAGUGAAGGCGCCUGACCUCAGCUUGGAGGGGAGCAAGGUGCCCAAGGUCACCGUGAGUGGUCCUGCCAUCAAGCUGCCCACAUUCGGGGGCUCCGGCUCAGAUGGGGAGGGAGAGACUGAGUCGGAGUUGCCCCGGGUCCCACAGCUUGAGCUGAAGGCUCCCAAGCUCAGGGGGAACUCUGAGAUGCGGAGCCCUGAAAGCGGGGCAAAGGACGCUAGCCGGACCAGGGUGCCCUCCCUGCCCCUCGGCUUGGCUCUGGGGAAGCCAGGCUUGGAGGGUGGGGUGGUAGUGGACGAGGGCAAAUUCAGGCUGAAGCUCCCCUCCGUGAGUAUCACCAAGGCAGGAGUGGAGUCCAGCACGGACACCCAGCCCCUCUGCCCCCCUGCCGAGGGGGCCGACCUCUCCUUCAAAAUGCCCCAGAUUGCUUUGCCAGAUGUGGGGUUCUCUGUAGACCACGAGGGGAAGGGAGGGGCCAGAGGGGAAGCUGGGAAGCUGGCAGGCCUGGGAGGGGAUGUGGGGGGGUUGGAGGCCCGGCUGAAGAUGCCCAAGCUCAAGGUGCCAGCCUUCGGGGCGCCCAGCCCCCAGGGGGGUGUGGAGGCUGCCGCUGCUUCCCUCAGUGGGAGGGACCUGGAGGGGAAAAGGGCGGCAUUCAAGAUGCCUGGCUUGGAGAUCUCGGCCCCCAGCCUCAAAGCACAUGCAGAGUAUGAAGUGGAGGGGGCACAGCUCCGGCACGGGGGCUCCCAGGGCCCGGAGGUGGCAGGCCGAAGGGGCACCGAUGGACAGGGCCCUGGAAGCCGAGGGGAGGCCGUGGAUGCCGAGGUCGGGAGGAGGUACAAGGUGAAAAUCCCCAAGUUUGGGCUCUCUCUGCCCAAGGCAGGCCUGGAGGCCGGUGAGGGCACCCCAGGGCAGGAGGGGGAGGGCAGGGCCACGCGGUCGGUGUUCGGGCUGGGCAGGCCCAAGGGGGCCGGGGCAGAGGGCUCCUCCGGGCUCCUGGAGGGCGAAGACGAGUCCUCCGGCAAGGGGGUGAUGGCCAAGCUCAAGCUGAAGCCGGCCUUUGGGCUCUCCCUCUCCAAGCCCAAGGGGGGCGCGGAGGUCAACGGGGAGCCCGAGGAGCCUUCCGCAAAGCUGAAGGUGCCCCGGCUGGGCUUCUCCAAGGCGGAGGGGGCCGCCCAGCUCGGCGGGGAGGGGGCCAAAGCAGCCCUGCAGAACGGCGGCCAGGAUGGCAAGGGCAAGCUGGGCAAGCUCCGGCUGCCGCAGGUGGAGCUCUCGUCCCCCGCCCCGAUGGGCGGCGCCGACCCGGAGCUGAACCUGCAGCUGGUGCGGGCCGACGAGGCCCGGGAGGGCGGCGGCGGCGCCUUUGCUUCCCUCCGGGCCGCCAGGCUCAAGUCCCCCAAGAUCUCCUUCUCGGGCUUCAAGAAGCGCAACGGGGAGGCGGCGCCCGCGGCCGUGCUCUCCUCUGCCCGGACAGAGAUGGCUUCCCUGGAACCGGCCAAGGGGGAGAAGGCCUUCAGCUUCCCCAAGCUGGCGCUGAGCCCCAAGUCCCACGCGGGGCUGGAGGCCGCGACUGAGCCCCUGGAGCAGGAGGGCGGGGUCAAGGUCGCGCUGCCCAGGGUGGGCUUUUCCGGCGACCGCAGCUCUGAGGAGCCGAUCCUGGAGGCGGCGGCGGCGGCGGCGGCAGGGGGGGUCGAGGCCAGAGCGGAGUGA